GUUAGAUUAUUUCGGGGGUGCCGCUGUGCAGGUGCACGAGCUUCCAGAAGCUCUUCGGCCCAGUCCGAUCCACUCCGGGCUAAGCCGCGCGCGUAGACCCGGACGCGCGAUCGCGAUCCUCGGUGGUCGAUCGCUCGAGCCCCCCCACUCUGCUGCUCCUCCCCGGGGCCCCCCAGGAGCCCGCGGCGGGCCAAUAGGUGCGGGGCUUGGAGCCGCCCAAAGCUCGCGCUGCGUCCCUCCUCCUCCUCCCCUCCUCCCCCGCGCCCGCCUCCGCGCGGCCGCCGAUCGUCGUCCACACUCGCAGAGCCGCAGCCACCGCGGCGGGAGCCACCGCAGCGCCCGUCUCUGCGCACUCCCCGUCCCCGCAGCAGCCGCAGCAGCAGCAGCGUCUGAGCCGCCGGCAUGGCUCGCGGCCGCGCCAAGGAAGAGGGUAGCUGGAAGAAGUUCAUCUGGAACUCGGAGAAGAAGGAGUUUCUGGGCAGGACCGGGGGCAGCUGGUUUAAGAUCCUGCUCUUCUAUGUCAUCUUCUACGGCUGCCUGGCUGGCAUCUUCAUCGGCACCAUCCAGGUCAUGCUGCUGACCAUCAGCGAGUUCAAACCCACCUAUCAGGAUCGUGUGGCACCCCCAGGACUGACACAGAUUCCUCAGAUCCAAAAGACGGAAAUCUCCUUCCGCCCCCUCGAUCCCAAGAGCUACGAUCCGUAUGUGGUCAGCAUUUCGCGCUUCCUGAACCAUUACCAAGACGCUGCCCAGAAAGAUGAGAUGGUCUUUGAGGACUGUGGCAAUGAGCCGAGUGAACUCAAGGAGCGAGGCGAGUACAACAACGAGCGCGGGCAGCGCAAGGUUUGCCGCUUCAAGCUGGACUGGCUGGGCAACUGCUCAGGGAUCCAUGACAACACAUAUGGCUACAAGGAUGGGAAACCCUGCGUUAUUAUCAAGCUCAACCGCGUGCUGGGCUUCAAGCCCAAGCCUCCCAAGAAUGAAACUGCUGAAGUCCCUUUGACUAAGUACAGCCCAUAUGUCCUGCCUGUCCAGUGCACCGGAAAGCGAGAAGAAGACAAGGACAAAGUGGGGAGCAUUGAGUACUAUGGGCUGGGCGGCUACCCCGGCUUCCCUCUACAGUACUAUCCCUAUUACGGCAAACUCCUGCAGCCCAAGUACCUGCAGCCACUGCUGGCUGUGCAAUUCACCAACCUCACCAUUGACACUGAGGUGCGCAUCGAGUGUAAGGCAUUCGGGGAAAACAUCGGCUACAGUGAGAAAGACCGUUUUCAGGGACGCUUUGAUGUGAAAAUUGAAGUUAAGAGCUGAUUUGCAAGCACAAAUCGUUCCCACUAGCCAUUUAAGGAAAAAAUGUUUAAAAAAAAAACAAAACACCAAACCCAGAAACCUACUAGUCUUGAACAAACUGUCAUCACGUAUGGGACCUACACUUAUCUGCUUUCCACUAGCUUUCUGCAUCUACUUACUAGGUUAGAAUGUAAAUUUAAAAGUGUAGCAAUAGCAAACAAAAUAUUUAUUCUACUGUAAAUGACAAAAAAAAAUUAAAAAUCGAGCCUGGGGACGUGCCCAUUUUUACUGUAAAUUGAUUCCAUUAACUGACUCUCGUAGCGUGCAGCCCUUGCUGGCCUGGCCACCGCUGCUUCCUGAUGACCCCUCCCUGUUCGUGUGCACAGAUCCCCUUGUCCCCCCCACGCGCUCUCUGGUCCUUCUCCAAGCCAUGUUGGGUCACCCCUGUUUUCUACUUCCUGUGAGCACAGUUCACUGUCCUGGUGUAAAUAUUCCGUGGGGAGUCACACUGGCAAUGGGACUCGGUUCCGCCUCCCUCUCUGGGCUUCAACACUCCACCAUCCUGCUCAGGGAGGGCUGGGCUCCGUCUCUCUUCUCUUUCUCUCCUGGGGGGGUGGGAAGGGCGGGCAGGGUUCGGGGAAACUGCCUUUUUCCAUUUGAAGUGACACUUCCAGAAAAACUAAGGUGAUGGGGUGUGUCGUGCUUGGUAGUGGAUGCUGUCUCGAGGUGUCUCCCCUCUGGCCUGUCCUUUGGCGCCCUCCCGGCUUUGCUCCUAAGCUUUGGCUAGAACCUGGGCGGUCUUCAUCUGCUUUUGACUUUUUGAAAAAAACUUCUUUACCUUUUAUUUUAUUUUUUCCCUCUCUGAAGGCAUCGCUUGCUGGUGCUGUGUCUUUAUGAAUGUGUUAGCCAUUUCCAUGAUGGAAGAAUUUUAUAUUUAUGCAGGUGUACCAUUUUUUUCUGCAAGAAAAAAAAGUGUAAUGUAUGAAAUAAAACCAAAGUCACUUGUUUGAAAAAUAAAUUUAUUUUGGACUCUAUAAAAAAAAGUAACCCACCAAAAAUAAAAAACAAGCAAUGCAGCCCCCGGCCCCUAGACCACUGUCAAUGUUGUCUCCACUGCAACCCUCCCCACACCGUGUCCUCGCAUCUGUAACUGCGCAGUGCUCUCGUCCGUGUUGUAUCGUCCGGUUCAAACAAAGGACAAUAAAAGAAUGAACCCAGA